UUAUUAAUUAAUUCACCUCUUCUUCAUUUCUUCAACCAUUUUUUUCAUUCAUGUUCUAACCCGACUCAUCACCGACUCACUGAGUCACCUCACCUCAUCGAAUCGUCAUUCCAAAAUUCAAUUCACCAUGUCGACGACAAGGUCUCCGAGCCGUUCUUCCGAAGACAUCGUCGAUUCGACGCCGUUUCUUCCCAAUUCCGCCGCCUCCUCCGACGAAAACAACUCCGGUCAUCGAAUUGUUCGUCGACAGAGGCUUCUCCAAGCCGCGCGGUUCCUCCGGCAAGCAAGCGGGAGGAGAAUGAUGCGCGAACCCUCGGUUGUUGUCCGCGAAGCUGCGGCGGAGCAAUUGGAGGAACGGCAAAGCGAUUGGGCUUAUUCCAAACCCGUUGUGAUUCUCGAUAUCGUUUGGAACUUUGCAUUCGUCGUUGUUGCUACAACCGUUUUGUUUCUAAGCAGUAAUGAAUCGCCGGAAAUGCCUCUUAGGUUGUGGAUUGUUGGUUACGUUCUGCAAUGCGUUCUUCACAUGGUUUGUGUUUGUUUUGAGUAUAAGAGACGGAGAAGGUUCCAACGUUCAUCUUCUUCCAUAGCAGUAGCAGGUUCUGACAGGGUUGGUACUAGCAGUGGGAAUUUGAGUUCAGGUUCUCGUUCUGUUUCUGGUUCAAGUUAUGUUUCAUUGGCGCAAUUUGAUGAAGAGGGUCCAAGUGUUGCAAAGCAUUUGGAAUCAGCCAAUACUAUGUUUUCAUUUAUUUGGUGGAUUAUUGGAUUCUACUGGGUAUCAGCCGGUGGUCAAACUUUAUCCCAAGAUUCUCCUCAGCUUUACUGGUUAUGUAUAAUCUUUCUUGGUUUUGAUGUUUUCUUUGUCGUUUUCUGUGUUGCACUGGCCUGUAUAAUUGGCAUCGCUGUUUGCUGCUGUCUUCCAUGUAUCAUCGCACUUCUUUAUGCUGUUGCAGAUCAGGAAGGGGCAUCAAAGGAAGACAUUGAGCAGUUGUCAAAAUUCAAAUUCCGAAAAGUUGAAAAUAAUGAGAAACAAACUGGUAAUAUCGAAGGACCUGCUGGAGGAAUAAUGACUGAAUGCCGGGCUGAUUCACCUAUUGAACAUGUUCUUGCUGAAGAGGAUGCGGAAUGUUGCAUCUGCCUUUCUUCUUAUGACGAUGGAGUUGAACUACGAGAACUUCCUUGUGGUCACCAUUUUCACUGUGCCUGUGUGGAUAAAUGGCUGUAUAUAAACGCUACAUGCCCCCUCUGCAAGUAUAACAUUUUGAAAAGUAGUAGCCUUCAAGAGGAAGUGUAGAUGAUCUCAGAGAAGUUUCUAGAUGCCAUUUUGAGAAAUCUGCAUACUUUUCCGAUCAUGCAUAGUAGGCUCAACUUGUCAAUACACUUCGAUACAGGGCUAUAUAUUGUCAUUGUUGCUGCUGCUUUGUGCUGUAAUCAUGUAGUGAUAGUUGCUUUGUUUAUGGGUAGUUAUUGUGGCUUCUAACUGGUUGUGUAUAUCAGCGCUGUUCAGUGCGUUCCAGCUAUAAUUAUCGGAAGAGGAAGAGCCACAAUUCGGUUGUCAAUUUCAUAUUUUAUUUGAGAUUUUUACUGUGUGCAUGGAAUCUAUAAAUGUCUGGUCUGUAAGUAUCUGUAUAAUGGCCUAUCAUGUCACAGGUAUGUGUUUAAAAUGUUCAGUACAACAUCCUCAAGUUUAUAAUGA